GCGCUCGAAGUCCACAAGACUUUGUGGGAUUUCUGUCCAAAUUUAGCAGCAUCUUAUAUAAUGAUGGUAGUUUUCGCUCUGGCAACAGUUGCACACGUCGUCCAAGCCGUCAUAUACUGCAAGCCAUAUUGUUGGACAAUUGCAAUGAGCGGGCUACUCCAGGCCUUGGCAUAUCUCUUUCGAAUUCUCAGUAUUGGAAACCCGACGAGCCUUCCGCUCUAUGCAACUUGGUUCGUUUUAAUCCUGAUUGCGCCAAUCUGGACCAAUGCAUUUGUAUACAUGAUUUUAGGUCGGAUGGUCUGGAAUUACACAAAAGCUGGCAAGCUUUUAGGAUUAAGCGCAUGGAGACUCGGACAAUUCUUCGUCGUUUUGGAUAUCAUUGCCGCAGUGGUACAGGCUUACGGGGCAGCCACAGCUUCUGACAUUACGUCAAGCACAGACGUGAUAUUGAGAGGAUUGCACACUUAUAUGGCAGGCAUUGGUGUCCAACAAUUCUUCAUAUGCGUUUUCUUCCUAUUUGCAAUAUGCUUCCACAAAGAGAUCGGGGGAAGCGCGCCAAGAAAUGCACUCCUCCUACUCUAUUGUUUAUAUUUUACUGUCAUUCUUAUAUCUGUUCGGAUUUGUUUCCGUCUUGUCGAGUAUGCUGGUGGCCUCGAUAGUUCGAUUCCUCGACACGAAGCUUACCAGUACUGUUUUGACUCGUUGCUUAUGUUGAUUGCAUCGUGCAUUUUUAAUAUUGUACAUCCUGGUCGGAUAAUGGCUGGAAAGCAAGGAGACCUUCCGAACAAAUCGGCGAGAAAGCUACGUGCCAUGGGCUCUGAAGUUCGUGAGGGCAGUAUCUCUCUUUCCAACCCGGAAAAUUCAGACGCGUAG